GGCCGCUAGCAGCGCGAGGCGCCAAAAAAAGCGUGUGCACGACACCGCUGUGCUGCGCGCGUUGAACGAGUGCUCCGCGCGACGCCAGCGCUGCGGUGCACUCCUGUCGCUGCUCGCGCUCGGCUCCCAAGAUUGCCUAGACUGGCAGACUGGAAAAUGGAGCUAGACAGCACGACCCCGAGCUACGUGCAGCCCGCGCUCCGCGCCCUCUACAAGGACGAAAAUGUUAAGAGGUGCGGCGCGCAGCUCGCCGUCGCAAGCAAAGAGGAGGAAUGCUACGUCGCCGCGGCCUACGACGACAACGGAGAAUUGACACAUCUGCGACGCUUCGUGAGAUGCGGUGCGAGAGCCGCGCGCUUAUAUGCGGUGGCGCACAAGGAGGCCGGGUCCCUGGGCAACGCGUCGGACGCCAGUGAAAAAAAUGGCUGUGUGAUCCUAAAGCCGUCUGCUUGUAGUAGUGGAGAGUGCGCCUCCACCAUAGAGUUAUUUAGGCGGGAAAACGACGACGUGUUUGCGCGGACCAUGGGCGAAGUGCUAGGCGAGGGCGGCGACUUCGAGCGGCAGCUGCGGAGGCGAGGCGUGGUCGAGAAGGGUGCUCGCAAGCAACUUGCAGCAACUCUGGAAAACUACGACAAUGACGAGGUCAAGCGCACGAUACAAGCACUACGAAGUGUGAAGGUCGAGAACGACGCCUGGUACCCGCAGCCCGACCCGUCGCUCGAUCUGAUGAGGUGCCUCGUCGACGUUGAUGGAGGCGCGCACUGGCCCGUGUUGCUGUCAAAGCCGGGUUCUUCGGUGUUCGCGGAGCCCGUCCACUACGCCCUGUCGUUGUUGCUGGAGCACUGCGCUUUGCCUCUCACCGCGAGAGAUGCGCUGGCGCUCGAUGCUUCUGCUCUAUCGAAGCGCGUCGGCUCCGACGAGGAGGCCCAAAAUCUGAGAAAGCAGCUCAUGCAGGGGCAGCACGUAGCGUCUUCUGAAGGCGAAGCGGACGCGGCAGCACGAGAUUUGUUGAUAGUAGCCGAGGCACUCGUCUCUUCGGUCUGUAGACAAGGCUACGACACGCCCGUCGUCGACGCGGAGGCUCUCAAAACAAUAAAGACGCCUUCGGUCAGGAGAGCCGCGGCGCACGCUGAUGAGAUCCUAGUGAUGGUUGUACGAAGAGGCUCGGAGCGGUUUGAGAACGUGCAGCCCUGGCUGAUCCUGGGGGAGCUGGCCGUGGCCGCUUUAUCAUAUGUGUCGGAGCCACCCGCUGGUAGCACAGAUAGGGAGCGCAAGACUCUUGUAACAAUAGCGCAACGCCUCGUCAACGGCCUCGCCAAGGCCCUCCAAAAGAAGAAGUUCGUGCCAGUGCCAAAAGAUGCUCUGUCGGUACUAGAGAAGCCCUGGGACAAGCCCAGCUUCCUCGAGGACGAGCGUGUACGCUACUCCUCGCUAGCUCUGGCGGCGCACGGCAUGAUCGUCAAUCCAAUAACGGGCCAGGAAUUGGACGUGAUGCGCCAAUGCGUGGGGUUGCACGUGGAGGCGCGCGAUCGGAGGUUGGCGGACGACGCGGCCUUCGAAGAUGCGCUGUCGGCCUUCGCCGAAAAGGUAUCACUUAGGUCGAGAGUCUUCGUGCACGAUGGUGUCAGAGAUAGAGCCUGCGACGUCGUGAGAGUGAAUGGCGAUGGCACGUACGACGUGAAACCCAUCGAGGAGAACGCCAAAACUCUCAGAGAUGUGCCUCGAGUGAAGCUAGCAGCUGAACCGUUACUGGUUAUCGGCGAUCCCGCGGGCGGCAAGACGACCUUCGCGAAGCAGCUGUUGACCUGGACCCUUCGUAAGGAAGUAACCUACUUGGUACCCGUGCUAGUGCGGGUCUGCGACGUCGUGAGGUUGUUAGCAUCAGACCUACCGGAUGCCACGGAGCCAUUAGUGUGGGCCUAUCUCCGUCGCAGUUCGGGCGAGACGACGUGGCGCUUCUACGAGACGGCGCGUACGCAGAAGCGACUGUUACUGUUGCUAGACGGCUUCGACGAAGGAGGCGUUUUGGGCGAUCGCCUCGAGAGGGAAAUCGGCGAGUUCUACAUGGCCCAUCCUCUCGUGGUGACGUCGCGGGACAUGAAGUGUCUACGCGGAAGCACGUUCCAGCGGUUCCGGCGCGUCCGAGUGCUGCAGUUAGAUCACGAGCAAGUUAAAGCAAUAGCUAAGCAAAGGCUGAACGAAGAGGAUCUGGCGAGUUUCCUCGAGAAGUUACGCAUUAAUUCAUCAUUAUCGAGGAUGGCGCGGAACCCCCUGUUACUCUCGGUCACGUUAACGGUCUUCGAAGAAUCUGUAGAAAGCAUGGGCGACGACUCGUUAACGAGAGGUAGGGUCUAUGAAAUCGCAUUAACGGCGAUGCUCGGGCGCUUAGAUGGUGUGGAUGCUUUGUUAGCUAGAAGACUGUUCCGGCGGAUCGCGUGGGUCGCGCAUAGCCACGAGCGGGGCCGCGGCACGCGGGACUUCGGCGACACGCUGGCCAAAACGGCAGCUCAGACCCUAGAUGACUCUGAUGCGGCUCUAGAAGCGUGGAGUACCAUCUCGGACGCGGCGCAACGGGGCCGAUUGCCGCUGAUCUCCUGGUUUACCGAGAGAGGUAGAGACAGGUAUAGAUUCGCUCAUUUGACCUUCCAAGAAUUCCUCGCGGCGGAGCACGUCGUCAAGGAAUUCGAGCAUGAUAACGAUUGCGCUUCUCGAGUUGCAAGGCUGGCGACGCAUCCCUCAGGACGACCGGGCGCGUUAUUUGAGCGCGGCUGGUGGCAGCAGGUCGUCCAGAUGUUCGGCGACUUGGCUUCCGAUGCCUACCGCCAAGCUUUAGCGGAGGCUACGCUGGGUGGGGCGCAGUCUGUCGACCUGGACGCAUGUGUCGGGGACAGAAAUGUGGCCACGCUCGUGGCGCUAUUACCGCCUGGUCGAGCUCUCGAAUCGUUACGUAUUUCGGAUGGAGGCAUCGCCCGAGCCGGCGCUUCCCAAUUGGCGCCGGGCAUCCAGAGCGUAGGAAGACGCUUACGUGUCUUAGAUCUUGCUGGGAAUUUGCUGGAUGGACCUGCUGCUACAAUCUUAUGUGAUGCGCUUGCAAACUCACCCUUACAGAUCCUCGACCUGGCCUCGAAUCGUUUAUGUGUCGGCGAGACGAAACGAGAGGGCUUCGACCAGGAAACUUUUCACUCCCGCAAGCGAGGUGGCUCCGGCCAGUCGAAACUCUACCUCGACUACAUGCACGCGGCCUGGGUCCCCGACCUGUCGGGGGUCGAAGCUUGCGUCCAGCUCGCUCGGAGUACAACAACUCUGAGAGCUCUGGAUCUGCGGUCGAACGGGCUCACGGAAAAGGCCGGAAAUCUACUCGCGUCGUUGUUCGACGACGCGAGGCACGUGCGAGAAGUCUGCGGCAUCGACGUGAAGAGGUUGCGGACUGGUAGGUGUGUACUGUUAGCGCCGGCCGGGGAGUUAGCUGAAAGUGAAGAAGAGCAAAGGCAACUCGAGACGGGCGACCGCGUCGAGGCCCGAUUUCAAGGCGGGCGGCGGUUCUAUCCCGCGGUUGUCGUUCGUGCUCAUAAUGAUGCCCACGUCGACCUAGCUUAUGUGGAUUUGCAGGAUCGCGUCGUACGAAGAGAGGAUAGGGUACCUCGUAGGAUGGUCCGGCCGGCCACCACCGGGCCGCCUCGUCGUUUAGAAGCGGGUGGCUGUGUGGUCUUAGCCGCGGCUCUUGAGAGGGCGGGCCCCGCCGCGAAGGGUGCGUUGAAAGAGUUGCGACUGGCGCGGCAGGCCUUGGCGUUUGACCUCGACUCGUGGGAUGCGCCCUCUUGUUUAGAUUCGAAAAGUCAUAGCACGGGCAUCAACCCGAAUCCCGUCAAACGGCUGAUUGCGGCUUUAGCAUCGUUUCCUCGCGUGGAGGUCGUGGAUUGUAGGGAUAGUAUGGAUCCGGGCGCUCAUGUUGGGGAAGCGCUCGCGGCCGCUGCGGUCGAGAGGAAUUGGGUCACGCUGGGCUUGGGUGCGGCUCUGUUGGAUGUCGCGGCGAUCCGAUCGCAGGAGGAGUCGUUGAGGGUGCGAGGUGCGUUGCGCGACGGCGGCGUCGGGGCCGUCGCUCGCCUAGCAGAAAAUGUCACGUCGCUCCGAGUGUCGACGGCGGGCGUGUCGUCGGCCGGUCUCGAGAGGUUGGUAGCCAAGGCCAAGCACACUACGUUAGCAACGAUCAACGGUCUCGAUGUCGCCCGGUUCCGCGCCGAGGGACCCACACUCUUAACGCUAGAUUUCUCCGACGCGUCGUUGGACCGAGCCACGGCGCGCAUGGUCCUUAGACUGCUGGAAGGCUGCGUGUCGUUGGAAACGCUGAAUUUUAACGGUAGCGACCUGAUGCCUUGUGCACACCCGCACCCGAUGACUCCCGAGGUCUUUGGUUCUGGUCAUUUGUGCAAUGCCUGCGCGUCGCACCAUGGCCUGGCGGUUGAUUUGAACUUGGCUUGUAGAGUGUGUGACCACGACACGUGCGGGGCGGCCUGGAGAUCGAGGGACGUCGUCGACGAUUUGGCGGAUGCCCUGUCGAAGCUCGGCACGCACUUGAAACACUUAUCGCUGAAGAAUUGUUGUUUUGGGAUGAUGGACGGUCCCAUCGCGGUCAAGCCCUUUGAACACUUGGGACAAGUGCUAGGGGACGAUAUGCUUACCUUAGAAAGCAUAGACCUGUCGGAGAACGAGUGGUCCGCUCCUAGAUUAACGAGGUGGUGCGCGGAAUCGCUGAUGGACGACGCUGCUGAUGAUCCUCCGGCCAACGAUGAUGACGAGGGCGACGCCGCGGACGCGCGGUGGCAUCGAAGGGCGCGGCAGUGGGCUCGAGCUGUCGACGCCGAGGCGUCGUCUUCUGAUGCGGACGACGCGAACGAUGAUGCGGUAGAUAGGGCCUACUCGAGGCAGCGCAUCCCUCUGGCCGCCGGGUUUCCAGCGAUUGCUCGUGGUCUGGCCAAGGCGCCUUCUUUACAAAGAUGUUCAGUCGAUGGCCCUUGGGCCUUGGAUUUGGCUGCCUUACGAGCUUCUUCCGGUACAACUAUAGAGGCCGAGGCUUGUUUUGUGGGACCGGACACCACUGACUAUCGAGCCAUCCACGUCGGGUCGCAGAACGCCACGGACCCGAGGACGGCGGCGAUCUAUCCUCUCGCUCGCUUGGCGAAUGUCCGGCUGUUCUCCGAGGCGUUCAAGCAGCUCGCUCAACGGUCAGAAUACCCGCGCCACUUGAUCUGUAGACUGCACGCCUUACCACCGCUCUGCCACGAGGCGGGCCAGCAGUGCCUGUUGGAUCUGUUCGACGCGUUGGAUGUCCUGGAGGUGGGGUCGCUUGAUUUAGAACUCAAAGCACUACGCGACGGCGCGACCUCCACCCUGGACGUCUCCGUGGAACGGCUCGAGAAGCGCUGGCCGGCUUUAGAGGGGGAAGCGGAAGGCGUCACGGCGGCUCGCAGAGAGCGCUCCGCGCUGGAAGGGUCCAAGUGCUGUGGGCGGCUCGUGGCCGCGGCCAUCACGACGGCCGCGCGAAUCGUCGAAGUGGACUGUAGAGGAGUAGCAUUGGGCGAAGCCGCCUCGGACGUCGCUGCAGCUGCUAGAAGGCAUCUAUCUCUACGCAAGUUGAAUGGCGUCAGCACAGACGCCCCGCCGACGCCGCACCUAAGUUUCGCGCGGCGGCGUAUUGGGGAUGCCGGCGCGUUGGCGUUAGGUCGAGAUUUGGAGCGGUCGCGGCACGCGCUCGAGAGUCUUGACUUGAGAGACUGUUCUCUUGGCCCUGCUGGCAUCGCGGCCAUAUUGCACGGCCUCUCCAGGAGGCGCUCGGGCGAUCCGCCGCGGCGCGACGUGAACCCCCGCGUGUUGAACUUAGAAAGGAACGAUAUUGGUGAUGUGGGCAUGCACGCGUUGGCGAGGCAUUUGAGAGAUGACGCUCGCUUGGAAACGUUGCAGUUGCGCGGGUGUCAUCUACCUCGCUCUACUACUAGGGCCAUGUCGGAAUUUGGUCUUGCUUUCGAGGCCAAUGUUGGGUUAGUUACGCUGGACCUACGCGGUGCGCGGACGCCGGCACAACUCGCUAGAGGUUUACGACGCACUGUGGAGAAGCGGCCCACGGUCGCCCCGCAACCGGAAGUCUGGACCACGCUCCUACUAUGCCUCAAUCGGAACGGCCUGCGCUGCGACGAGGAUGCACUAAAUGUGGUCUUCGGCUUCGCGCGCCGGCGACGGCAACUUUUGCUCAAUGACGAGGCCGAAGCGUUGGCCGACUUGUUCCCGCUGCGGUCGGCGGAGGCGCGCAGCCUGGUCGAUCGCUUGGACGCGGGCGAGUUCGACCAUGAUGACGACGAGGACUUGGCCGAGAUCAACACGCUCCUCUCGCGCCUCGACGAGCGCGACCAGCGGUCGGUCACGCGGGCCUACUGGGUCUUGCGUGCUAGAGAACACCCGCCGGAGGACUUCGACGCCUUCGCGAACGAGGGGCCGCCGGACGACUCGGAGGACUCGUCUUCUUCCGAUGACGAGGAGGAUGAUGGGAUGGACGUGACGGCUGGGGGGGAGGAUUAAGUAUAUCUGUUGGUUUU